AUGGAUUCACCAAACCUAUAUGGUAACUCCCAGAGUUUUAUAAACCUCUUAAAUAGCCAAGAGGAAAACUCUUUCUCCUUCUCACCGAGUAUAGAGCUUGCAUCAUCACAAGUUCCAAUGUUUAGCACACAGCAGAGUAAAGAUAGAAGUGUACCGUCUGAGGAUCGCACAUCAAGAAGGAAGUGGCAUCCUACUGAAGACGUUGUUCUGAUCUCUGCUUGGUGGAAUACCAGCAAAGAUCCUAUCGUCGGUAAUGAUCAAAGAGCAGGAGCAUUCUGGAGCCGCAUAACAAACUACUUCAACUCGAGUCCACUCUUAGCUAGUUUUCAAAACAGGACUUUAAGUCACUGCAAGCAGCGUUGGGGCCGAAUUAAUGAUCAAACAUGUAAGUUUGUAGAGAGGUAUGAAGCAGCAUUGAAAGAGCAAAGCAGUGGCCAAAACGAAAACGACGUGAUGAAGAAUGCUCAUCAAAUCUUCAAUGAUCACAGGUUUAAGUAUGGCCUUGAGCAUGCCUAG